UAACGUGGCAGGCGCUUUACAGGGGGAGGAGGGCAAUCCCGGCUUGUGUUUUUCUUUGCAGGCGUUGACGGUAGAGAAGAAAAACAAAGUUGAAGCAGACGUGACGGUGGAGAAGAAAAACAAAGUUGAAGCAGACGAGCCGUGACAUCUCAUUGUCACUCGAGGAGGACAAUCUCAGCCUUUGACAUUCAACGGUGCUUUUCCUCCUUUGUUUUGCUCAACAACGACAAGGCGAAAGGCUCCGGAAAAGCAACAACAACAACAACAACAACAAAAACGCCCAUUUGAGAAAAAGUCAAGUUGGCGUUUCGGCGAGUGUGAACUUUAAGGCGCGCCAUGCAACUUUAAGAUGUUGACAUUGUGGCUUUGACUUGCGUUCCCUUUGUUGGCGUGACGUCGUCAGCAUGUGUUGAAGCACCAUGGGGGCCAAACCCAGCAGCCCCGCCUAUGAUGGCAGAACCCGGGCUUAUUCCAGCUCCGACCUCCCGUCCGGGAACGCCAGCGGAGGGGAACGCUUUGCGGGCUUCAGGUACACCAACGGACCGGAGGGCCCCAGGAUCAGGUACACGGGCGCAGGGCCCACCAGCUCAGGCCUGAGUAUCCCAGCUGGGGGCAGGUCAGGCUCAGAUGGCACAGAUGGUGAGGACGAGGGCCACAGGUUGCUCAUUGGCUCUCUACCUGCUCAUCUGUCCCCUCGCCUGCUGACAGGUUUCCAUUGUCCCGUCUGCUCCAAGUUCAUGGCGUCUGAUGAAAUAGAGAAGCAUCUGCUCAUGUGUUUCAGCAAAUCGCGCCUUACCUACAACAAAGACAUCCUGUCCAGAGAUUCUGGUGAAUGUGCCAUCUGCUUAGAGGAGCUGGAGCAAGGAGACACCAUUGCCAGGCUCCCCUGCCUGUGUAUCUACCAUAAAGGAUGUAUAGAUGAGUGGUUUGAGGUGAAUCGCUCAUGUCCGGAACAUCCCUCCAACUAGCAAGAGUACAGCAAUCAAUCGACUGCACCUGACUUUAUCUCUUAACACUGUACGCUCCAGUGUUGUAGUAAGACUUUAUCUCUUAACACUGUACGCUCCAGUGUUGUAGUAAUUAUGUUUUAAGAACUCAUCAGGGAUCGUGAAACAUGAUUGUGUUAGAAGAGUAUUCACGUGGCCUCGUGGGACAUCGGUGGAUUUAUCGGAUGGAGGAUUUCAUGUCAUGGAUUGUCUGGAGAACUUCUGGGGGAGUCUGUUUAUGUGAAUGUUCUUUGGGCCCGCUCUGCAGGCUCCAGCCUUCCCCAAAGCUUGGAUCUCGUGGAACUGUCUGCUAAACAGGGUGUGAUUUCUAUGGCAGAGUAAUGUGACAUUUCAGCAGACACUUCUGGUUGCUGUUGCCUGUUCUGGCGGCUGUACAAUGUGAAAUACAGCCAUACAGAAUACAAAAUGUCUAUAUCAGCUUUAAGGGAUGAUUAGUGUCGAUGGCAGUUGUAGCUUUUUCCACUAUUAAAAAACAAAUGUGUCCUAGACCGAAUUGUCUUAUCAUGAGCUAGCCACAACACUGGUAAUCAUUUGGCUAUUCUGAACCACAUCCAUGAUGCAAUUGUGUAGCGUAGAAGUGGAAUUAAAAGCUAGGCUCAGAAAUAUCUUAACAGUGAUUUGUACACUCUUGAAAGGAGUGCCAUGAUAUGCUGCUAUGUCAUAGACUGGAACCUUUCCUAUAACCUUUGGAUCUUUGUUCAGUGUCAUUUUGUAUUUGUACUGUGAUGGAUUGCACAACAAUAAAUGUUUUGUCAUUGUGUCUGCACA